UGAGUUCAAAUUUCAGGUAAUGCGCUCUACUGUAUCGGAGCCCCUUACCUUUAAGGAUAAUUGUGACAUCAUUAUCCAGAUAACGUGUUAUUCUUCACGCUGAUUGGACGAUGAGUGGGGUUCAGAAAAAUCUAAUUUAUUCAGGUAAGGUUAUUCGCAGGAUCGCAAAACUACACAGUGACUGAGGCUCUGAAUCGUAGCACAGAUAAUCCUCUUCGCCUCUUGUUUGUUAGUCAAGGCAAUGACCUCCACCGGCCAGCCGGAGACAACAGUUGGAGACAUGCCGCAGGUGAGAAUUUUAGCAUGCCCGGAGGUUCCUCCCCUCUUUCUGCCUCACUAUACUGACACAGAGUCAGCCUUCAACCCUCCCCACUGCUCCUACCACAGCCUGGGACACUGUCUGCGCACCAACAUCUUUCCAGGAGCUCCUCUGGUGUGGAAGUCCUUGGUAAAAGACUCCUACAUCGUUCACCCCUUGCCCGCCCCUCCUACAGACCCCCAGCGUUGGUACGGCCGCAAGACUGAUGACAUGGUGAAAUGGACAGAAAGAAACAUUGUGAACCAGAAGUUGAACAAGGCGCUAAAGGCAAUGGAGAACAAAGGGUCUAAAUGAAGCCAUGGUGCAGUGGCCAUUUCACACCCUCACCGCAGCGCCCAUGCACCUUCCACAUCAUUUCCACCUCUUUUUACACAUAUAUCUAUAUGCAAGCCCUUACAAACCCUUUCUGGUACACUUGGUCACGUAUGCAUGCACACACAUGCACACACACACAACCAUUGCCACAAACUCUCAAAACGUACAAAAAUAACCCACGCAAAAACAACAAUUUGUAUGUAGACACAAGUUCAUGAUCUCUUUGGCCGCAAUAAAAGCAGAACAGCAUCCUUCACCUUA